CGUUCCCAUGCUCUAAAUGUCUCCGUCCCCGGCGAGGGUCAUAACCGUCAUUCCACUAUAUUUCAAUUGAUCCCAUGCUCUAAAUGUCUCCGUCCCCGGCGAGGGUCAUAACCGUCAUUCCACUAUAUUUCAAUUGUCAGAAACAGAAGACUUUGACUGAUGGUUUUGCUUCCACUGCCUGCCAAAUAAGGUUUGGAAUAAUUUAUUUAACAGCGUAAUGUACUUAAUUUCAUGCAAACCUCUGAACAAUGAUGGCUGUCUUCUCUUCCACUCAAUCGCAUCAACUGUUCUUAAAUUUCCGGGGAGAGGAAUUGCGUUAUAGCUUCGUGAGCCACCUUAUUGAUGCUUUCGAAAGGAAUGGGAUAAACAUCUUCGUAGACAGAUACGAGCUGAGAGGCAAAGACCUUAAAAAUCUAUUUGUAAGGCUUCAAGAGUCGAAGAUCGCGCUGGCCAUCUUCUCUACCAGGUAUGCAGAGUCGCCGUGGUGUAUGGAUGAGUUGGUUACUAUGAAGAAACUUGCGGAUCAAGGAAAGCUCCUAGUCAUUCCAAUCUUCUACAACGUAGAGCCAGAAGACAUCAGAAAACAGACAGGUGAGUUUGGUGAAAAAUUCUGGACUCUCGCUAAAAGAUCUACUGGAGAUGAGAUAAAGAAAUGGAAAGAAGCCUUGGAAUGUAUUUCCGACAAGAUGGGUUUGUCAUUGGGAGACAAGAGAUCUGAAGCCGAUUUUAUCAAGGAGAUUGUCAAGGAAGUUCAGAGAGUUAUAGCAGCAAUUGGAACUGAGGACGAAGUGAAUCAUUUUGGGGAAAAAAACAAAAAGAAUCGCAAAUGCAAUUUCCCACGUGAGAUUACCGUUUUCAAGAGGAUCAAAACCAAAAAGAUAAAGUUUUGAUGUAAUUAUUAGUGUUCUGCAAUUAUGUCUGGAUAGUGUGAGUCUUUUAUCUAUUAAAGGUUCUAUUUUUUCUUCUCUAUGCUGCUGUUUAAAUUCAGAUCGAUCUUGGGAAUACCUGUGA